UUACUCAUUUUACUCAAACUCUAAAAGAAUUAUUAGUUUCUCAAAACUUUAAAAAUGUCUCCGCUGCUCAAACUCGUCGCCUUGCUGGCAUUGGUCGCGAUGAACGAUGGGCAACGCUUCGGCGGAGGCUACGGCGUGGUCGAGGAGAUUUCCUUCUACCAAAAACCCGUCUGCAAUGGUCACCAGUACGUGAUGAAUCUUGGGUACGGAGAGUGUGUUCGAGUCCCAGACUGGUUGACGAACGAAGGUUGGAAUCUGUCCGUUGACCCCAAAGGUCACUGCAUCCAAGUGUACGAAAAUCCCAACUGCAGGGAGUCCAUUCAGGCAGUGGGCUACAGCUUGGCCACGGCUUCUGCUCGUGACGAGGUUGUCCGGCGUUGUCGGAGCACGAAGGAGUUGGGCUUCAGCACGAUCAGGUCUUUCAAACGGGUGCAUUGCUAGUCUCACUGGCUCCAAGCAUCCACUUCUUGUGGGCGUUCGUCUAACUACUAAACGGACUGAUGAUAAUUUGUCAGGAUUUCCACAUAUUAUUGUAACUUCGUCAUUCAUCUCUGAUUUUCCUAUCCUGCUGUACAUUUUGUGUGGUGGACGUAAAAUUAUUUAUGCAAAGUCACACUCUGUUUGCUGUGCAUGUGUUGUUGUAUUGCACUCAUUUCGGUUCAUUAUUGCUGCAUCUCAUUCAGACGACGUAGGAGAUAACAGGUGAUAACGCGAUAUGAGCUCAUUUACAUGACGUCUCUUCACCUCCGGCGCAGUAAAUUGUAGCCUAGAAGAUCGAGGAAUAUAUAUUAUUGCACCACACCUUCCGUGAACUACUGUAAUCACUACUCACCUUCUUCACAUUCGUUUAGAUAAUUGAGAAAACUUUCAUCUAAAACUUGUCACAAAAUCAGUUAUCUGAACAGCAUCAAGUGUUUUUGAGUACGGAGAGCAUUCCUAAUCUUGCGUUUUUUGAGACAGUGCAAAAAAACUGAGCAUCAUGUAUCCCAAUUCAGCGUAUCCAGCACCCUCGGCCCCACCUCCGUACCCGAAUAGCAACCCGACUCAGCCACCAUUCAACAAUUCUGUGAUGAUGUCCCCCUCACCUGGGUCGAUGGGGUUCAGCGUCCCCCAAUCGGGAGGGGUGUUUCCAGGCUACCCGUCCUCCACUCCGGGUAUCCCAUCUCAGCCAUAUCCUCAGUACAAUCAAUCUGUAUUCCAGUCACUGCCCAAUGCACCAACCACCUACCAAACACCGCCCAUCUACACAAACGCCCAAAUGUACCCACCCCCAGCUUAUCCGGGAGCCGGGCAGCCUGGUAGCAUAAAUCCAGCACAACCGGCUUAUCCAGCACAGCCAAGUUAUCCUGGACAACCGUCUUAUCCAGGAGGCUUGAUAGGCCAGCCAGGUUAUAACCCAAGUGUUCCGUACCCUUCCGUAAGUCAGCCGCCCACGUACCCAGGCGGUGCAAAUCCGGCAUUUCCCAGUCCCCCAUAUCCUGGGACAACUUAUCCACAACCCGGAUACGGGUAUCACUAGAUCAGCAGCAGAGACCAUUUUCAUAAGUUCCAUCAACAAACUGCGCAUCAAGGGUGACAAUAAUCCAGCUAACUAUAAAUUAUGUAAGGUAAACAGACAGUGACAUGUUAUUGUAAAAUUAACAAUAUACGCUGUGCAUGUCUCUGCCCUUGACAUUGAAUAUUUGAAAAAUAAACAACUCUAUUUGUCUGAAACCUGA